CCGAUGUGCCUGGGCUGCUCCACACAGUAAAAGCCAAUCUCACCAUAAAGUAUAAAAAGAGAGCCAGAUGGGGACAGAUCAAGCAGUAAUCAGGCUGUCUCGAACAGAACACCUGAUGAUGGAAAUGCAAAAGAAAGUCUGUUUUCUAGCUCGCACAACAUUGCCUGUGGUGGGCUUCUUGGUAGUAUGCCUAGGUGCUUUCCUGGUAUCCAUGAGGAAUACAGGUGAUUUCACAGUGAAAUUAACCUUUUCCUGUGUUUGCUUCACUUGUGGAUUCUUACUCCUGCUGGCUGGAUGUUCAUGGAAUAUCUGCCACGGGAUGAAGAACAAAAGAUUUUUGACCAGAGUGGCAUGCCAUCAACACACCAGGGUGUGUAUCUGCACAGUGGACAGGCCUCACUUCUACCCUCCCUCCUAUGAGGAGUCUGUUGAAAGGAGCCCAGGUUUGGCUGUAGGAAGCCUUGUCAUGGUGGAUGAACUUCAAUGUAAUAUUGCUCCACCCCUUUACACAGAAAGCAGUUCAGAAGUCGUGGAUGAAACCUACAGUCAAGAAGAGCCUCCGUCCUACAAAGAGACACUGUGAAAAGGAACUCUGGAUGAACAAUACCCUGUUCAGGAGUCAAGACCAAACAGCUCACAAUCUGACGAAAAUGAAGCAUACAGCACAGUCCAUAGGUAGAUGGUAAGGAAGAACUUUUGGAGCAGGGCCUGAAGAUACAUCCCUCCUGUUGCACUAGGAGUGCAGGGCUGUAUAGGGUGGUAUAGUGCAGGGGAAGAACUGCCCAUUGUGACCUAGCGCCUCCAUGUGUCUUCCACUAUGCUCUGUCCGGAGAGAUGCAGUGACAUUGACAGUGUGAGCAGAAUGUGAAGAACUGGGAUUGCUGGAUGGGAACGUACAGUCCUCAAACAAGGCUCAUGGUGAGAGGAAGUAGGUGCUGGUCCAACAUUAUAUGUUGAAUCAAUGUACAGGCGCUAUACCUAAAUCAUACUUAAGAACUGAAGGCAGCUGUCUGUAUUUACAGAGGUGCCUCACGAAGUGAUUAAAUUGCUGUUGAUGAGAUGUGUUCAUUGUAUUACAGGUAUAAUACAGUAAUAAUAAUAAAACUGUUUAUAUCAAAAAAGGGUAAAAGCUCUUUACACGUACAGCAUAUAUAUGGGUGACCCAUCCAUCCUUUGUUGGGAAGUCACUUGUUCUAGUGCAGGAUGCAGAAACACUUAAUCAAUCCAACACAGCAAGUCUUUACUGAACAGAAGGAAAAAGGAGAUCACAAAUUGGCACAGAACAUGUGGCUGUGAUUGAACCCGGAAGCUGAGAGUCAAUAGUGCAAGCUGCUAAACCACAAUGCCUCCUGUAUAUACGUACCUCCUGUAUAUACAUGAGUAUUCUAAGAAUGAAAAUGUGCAAAUUCAGGCACAUGCAUUUUGAUGAUGCACCUUAAAUUUGUAUCUUGUACAAAAAUCAAGUGCCAACUAAAGACCAUUAGUAAAUUAUAUAAAAGAAUGGAAUAUUUUAGACAGCCCUGUCUCUCCAUUAAUUUUCAAUUAUUCCUUAGUCUCACAAAGGGCUACAGUGAGCCCGAGCUUAACAUUGCAGACAAUGGUGUGGAACCCUGUUGUUCUGGCCAAAUUUCCCAUUGGCCCUUACCAAUCAUGGCCUCCUGGUGUGUGGUGAAUGUA